GCCUCUCCGAAUCUCUCUCUUCUCCUGGCGCUCGCGUGCGAGAGGGAACUAGCGAGAACGAGGAAGCAGCUGGAGGUGACGCCGGGCAGAUUACGCCUGUCAGGGCCGAGUCGAGCGGAUCGCUGGGCGCUGUGCAGAGGAAAGGCGGGAGUGCCCGGCUCGCUGUCGCCGAGCCGAGCCUGUUUCUGCGCCGGACCAGUCGAGGACUCCGGACAGUAGAGGCCCCGGGACGACCGAGCUGAUGGCGUCUUCGACCCCAUCUUCGUCCGCAACCUCCUCGAACGCGGGAGCGGACCCCAAUACCACUAACCUGCGCCCCACAACGUACGAUACCUGGUGCGGCGUGGCCCAUGGAUGUACCAGAAAACUGGGGCUCAAGAUCUGCGGCUUCUUGCAAAGGACCAACAGCCUGGAAGAGAAGAGUCGCCUUGUGAGUGCCUUCAAGGAGAGGCAAUCCUCCAAGAACCUGCUUUCCUGUGAAAACAGCGACCGGGAUGCCCGCUUCCGGCGCACAGAGACUGACUUCUCCAAUCUGUUUGCUAGAGAUCUGCUUCCGGCUAAGAACGGGGAGGAGCAAACCGUGCAAUUCCUCCUGGAAGUGGUGGACAUACUCCUCAACUAUGUCCGCAAGACAUUUGAUCGCUCCACCAAGGUGCUGGACUUCCAUCACCCACACCAGUUGCUGGAAGGCAUGGAGGGCUUCAACUUGGAGCUCUCUGACCACCCCGAGUCCCUGGAGCAGAUCCUGGUUGACUGCAGAGACACCUUGAAGUAUGGGGUUCGCACAGGUCAUCCUCGAUUUUUCAACCAGCUCUCCACUGGAUUGGAUAUUAUUGGCCUAGCUGGAGAAUGGCUGACAUCAACGGCCAAUACCAACAUGUUUACAUAUGAAAUUGCACCAGUGUUUGUCCUCAUGGAACAAAUAACACUUAAGAAGAUGAGAGAGAUAAUUGGAUGGUCAAGUAAAGAUGGUGAUGGGAUAUUUUCUCCUGGGGGCGCCAUAUCCAACAUGUACAGCAUCAUGGCUGCUCGCUACAAGUACUUCCCGGAAGUUAAGACAAAGGGCAUGGCGGCUGUGCCCAAACUGGUCCUCUUCACCUCAGAACAGAGUCACUAUUCCAUAAAGAAAGCUGGGGCUGCACUUGGCUUUGGAACUGACAAUGUGAUUUUGAUAAAGUGCAAUGAAAGGGGGAAAAUAAUUCCAGCUGAUUUUGAGGCAAAAAUUCUUGAAGCCAAACAGAAGGGAUAUGUUCCCUUUUAUGUCAAUGCAACUGCUGGCACGACUGUUUAUGGAGCUUUUGAUCCGAUACAAGAGAUUGCAGAUAUAUGUGAGAAAUAUAACCUUUGGCUGCAUGUCGAUGCUGCCUGGGGAGGUGGGCUGCUCAUGUCCAGGAAGCACCGCCAUAAACUCAAUGGCAUAGAAAGGGCCAACUCAGUCACCUGGAACCCUCACAAGAUGAUGGGCGUGCUGUUGCAGUGCUCUGCCAUUCUCAUCAAGGAAAAGGGUAUACUCCAAGGAUGCAACCAGAUGUGUGCAGGAUACCUCUUCCAGCCAGACAAGCAGUAUGAUGUCUCCUACGACACCGGGGACAAGGCAAUUCAGUGUGGCCGCCACGUGGAUAUCUUCAAGUUCUGGCUGAUGUGGAAAGCAAAGGGCACAGUGGGAUUUGAAAGCCAGAUCAACAAAUGCCUGGAACUGGCUGAAUACCUCUAUGCCAAGAUUAAAAACAGAGAAGAAUUUGAGAUGGUUUUCAAUGGCGAGCCUGAGCACACAAACGUCUGUUUUUGGUAUAUUCCACAAAGCCUCAGGGGUGUGCCAGACAGCCCUCAACGACGGGAAAAGCUACACAAGGUGGCUCCAAAAAUCAAAGCCCUGAUGAUGGAGUCAGGUACGACCAUGGUUGGCUACCAGCCCCAAGGGGACAAGGCCAACUUCUUCCGGAUGGUCAUCUCCAACCCAGCCGCUACCCAGUCUGACAUUGACUUCCUCAUUGAGGAGAUAGAAAGACUGGGCCAGGAUCUGUAAUCAUCCUUCGCAGAACAUGAGUUUAUGGGAAUGCCUUUUCCCUCUGGCACUCCAGAACAAACCUCUAUAUGUUGCUGAAACACAUAGGCCAUUUCAUUGAGGGAAAACAUAAUAUCUUGAAGAAUAUUGUUAAAACCUUACUUAAAGCUUGUUUGUUCUAGUUAGCAGGAAAUUGUGUUCUUUUUAAAAAGUUGCACAUUAGGAACAGAGUAUAUAUGUACAGUUAUACAUACCUCUCUCUAUAUAUACAUGUAUAGUGAGUGUGGCUUAGUAAUAGAUCACAGCAUGUUUCCCGCUCCAAGAGAAUUCACUUUACCUUCAGCAGUUACUGAGGAGCUAAACAUGCUGCCAACCAGCUUGUCCAACAACUCCAGGAAAACUGUUUUUCAAAACGCCAUGUCCUAGGGGCCAAGGGAAAUGCUGUUGGUGAGAAUCGACCUCACUGUCAGCGUUUCUCCACCUGAAGUGAUGAUGGAUGAGAAAAAACACCACCAAAUGACAAGUCACACCCUCCCCAUUAGUAUCCUGUUAGGGGAAAAUAGUAGCAGAGUCAUUGUUACAGGUGUACUAUGGCUGUAUUUUUAGAGAUUAAUUUGUGUAGAUUGUGUAAAUUCCUGUUGUCUGACCUUGGUGGUGGGAGGGGGAGACUAUGUGUCAUGAUUUCAAUGAUUGUUUAAUUGUAGGUCAAUGAAAUAUUUGCUUAUUUAUAUUCAGAGAUGUACCAUGUUAAAGAGGCGUCUUGUAUUUUCUUCCCAUUUGUAAUGUAUCUUAUUUAUAUAUGAAGUAAGUUCUGAAAACUGUUUAUGGUAUUUUCGUGCAUUUGUGAGCCAAAGAGAAAAGAUUAAAAUUAGUGAGAUUUGUAUUUAUAUUAGAGUGCCCUUAAAAUAAUGAUUUAAGCAUUUUACUGUCUGUAAGAGAAUUCUAAGAUUGUACAUAAAGUCAAAUAUAUGGAAAUCCUGUUACUUAAAUAGCAUCUGCUCUUCUCUUACCCUCUCUGUCUGGCUGUACGUCUGGUGUUCUCAAUGCUUUUCUAGCAACUGUUGGAUAAUAACUAGAUCUCCUGUAAUUUUGUAGUAGUUGAUGACCAAUCUCUGUGACUCGCUUAGCUGAAACCUAAGGCAACAUUUCCGAAGACCUUCUGAAGAUCUCAGAUAAAGUGACCAGGCUCACAACUGUUUUUGAAGAAGGGAAAUUCACACUGUGCGUUUUAGAGUAUGCAAGAAGAAUAUAAAUAAAUAAAAAUAUUCUCCAUGGAGAAUUUGAACAAAA